GUGUCAACUGAACUGUUAUCACCAGUGAAAUGCCAUCCAGUGAGUUUGGAAGAAAUAAAGGAAAGGUGCAUAAAAGUUAAGAAAAGGCUCUUUGCUGAUGAAAAGGAUGUUGAUCAAAUUGAAAAAGAAACCAUGGGCCAAUCAGUAAAUGAAAACUGGAAUCUGCAUCGAAAAAUAAGACUAACUGCAUCUAAAUGCCAUCGAAUUGCCACUCUGCAAGCAACUACCUCCCCUACAAAGGCCAUUAGUGAAGUCUUACAUUACAAGCAGAUCCCUCAAACAAUUUAUAUGAAAGAGGGCUUGUCAAGAGAAGGUGCUGUUAUUGCAGAAUACAUCAAAUCAAGGAAACUGAACAAUCAAAAUGUCCUAGUGAAACCAUGUGGACUUUUCAUCAGCAAAUCACAUAAUUUCUUGGCUGCAUCUCCAGAUGGCUUAGUAUACAAUGCCGACUCCACUGAGCCAAGUUCCAGUGGACUUAUUGAAAUAAAACUUGUCUUCCUAAAGGAGAAUGAGACUUUGCAUGAUGGACUUAUCAGAAAAAGAAUCUUUCUUCCUGGUUCAACUGAUGGACAGCUGGUUAUCAACCAGAAACACAAGUAUCACUACCAAGUCCAGCAACAGUUGUUUGUUACAGAGAAAUCAUGGGUGGAUCUGGUGAUUAAGGGAGUUAAAGAGCUUACAGACAUCAUUUGUAGACAUUGAAGGUGUUUUCAUUUCGACAGUAAACUUUGAUCGUAAAUUCUGGAGUUCAGUGCUCCCAAAACUGGAGGCAUUUUACAAUGAGCACAUUCUUGUAGAACUUGCUUAUCCGCGUGUUAAAUAUGGCCUUUCAAGAUUUGACAUGAGAGGAUGUUGA